GCAAAAUUGGCUAUAUAAAGGCCAAGCUGCUUGCUUGGAUAAACCACGAACAAUUGUCCAGACCUUAUAGGUGAGUACCGCCUGCACAAGAGCAAUCAGAAUUCUGCUCAAAAAGCAAAGGAAGAUGCCUUGCCUUUACAUCUCAACGAACCUCAACUUGGACAUGGCAGACACUGGUCCUAUCUUCUCCGAAACCACCAAAGCCAUCGCUUCCAUCAUCGGAAAACCUGAAAAUUUCGUGAUGGUCAUUCUCAAGGGAUCAGUGGCCAUAUCGUUCAACGGGAACAAGGACCCAGCUGCGUACGCCGAGGUGGUCUCAAUGGGCGGCAUUAACAAAGAGGUCAAGAGGAAGUUGAUUGCAACUCUGGGCACCAUUUUAGAGAACAUGUUGUCUAUCCCCAGAACACGGUUUUUCCUCAAAGUCUAUGAUACAACGGCGGGCCUUAAGAUCUCCAAAAUAUAAUUCCUUAAUCAUGUUACCAAUAAAUCAGCGUAGCUUUCAGUUUCUGUAUCAUUCUAAACGCUAUUGAUGGAAGUAUCAAAUCCAACUUGUCCACAAACAAAUUGUAUUAACUUUGACAAAAGGAGAACCAUUCCCACUUUGACA